AUGGAAACAAAAUAUCAUGAAUAUGAUGAUGUACAAACAAAAGAUACACCAUCAAAUAAAUAUUCAUUAAAUGAAAAUAGAGGUGACCUUAUAUUUUUAAUUAUGGAAAUCAUUGGUGAAUCAUGUAAUUCAAUCUAUGACUCAUUUACAUUGGAUGCCCCACAAUUUGCAUUUAGAGGUAUUGAUAAAACUUUAUCAAAAGAUGGUGAAAUUGGUAAACUUAUAACGAUAAUUAAAAAUUUGAUAAAAGAACAAUCCUAUUUAUUAAAAUCACCAAUGACAAAUAAUAAUAAUAAUAAUAAUAAUAAUAAUAAUAAUAAUAAUAAUAAUAAUAAUAAUAAUAAUAAUAAUAAUAAUAAUAAUAAUAAUAAUAAUAAUAAUAAUAAUAAUAAUAAUAAUAAUAAUAGUUAUAAUAAUAAUAAUAUCAAUGAUAACAAUAAUAGUAGUAAUAAUAAUAAUAAUAAUUUAGAAUAUAAUACAAAAGGUGGAGAAUAUAUAUCAUCAAAUCAAUCAUCACCUUUAUCAAUUUAUUCAACACCACCAAAUCCAUCAUCUUAUGUAUCAUCACCUUUAAAUCAACCAGCAAAUAACACUGAAGCUUUCCAAAUUAAUGGAAAUGAAUUGGAUGCUGCUCAAAUUAAAAUCAAACAAUUGGAAUUAGAAUUACAAAAAUUUAAAGAAGCAGGUGCUUUAUUCGCCAUGAAUAAAAUUAAUAACUCUUCUGCACCACCUCCACCUCCUAAAGCUUGUGCACCACCACCACCUCCACCACCUCCACCACCCAUUACAGUAGUUAAACAACCAUCAUUCUUAAUGAAAAAAGGUGUUAACAACAACAACAACAACAACAACAACAACAACAGCAGCAACACUAAUGAUAGUAACAAUACAAAUAAUACAAAACCACAACCAACAUUUAAUUUUGCAGAUGUCUUAUUAAAUAGACCUCAAUUAAAGAGAGUUAGUAAAGAUAGAUCUCCAGGUGGUACACCAGCUAAAGAACCAAAGAAUAAAAGUGGAAGUGUAGAAGAUGCACUUCUUAAGGCAAUCGUUAGUAAAUUCAAGCAUGCAAAUUCAUCACCUGUCAAAUCUCAUGAUGAUUCAUCUGAUAGUGACUUUGAAUAA